AGUUGACGCCCCCUUUUUCCUAGAAGUAAACACAAAUUUUACAAAUUAAAUUAAUUAUACAAUAAUGCAAGAAUCAAAUACAAUGAACAACGUCUAGUGAUAUUAUCGAUUGAUAAUGAACUCUGUGGCACUAAUUAGCAUAUUUUUAAUUACAUUUAAGUUAGUUUUAAGUCAGAAUUCAUGCAAUAUUAAGGAAAUAUUUGUGAUUAAAAAUAAUGUUUGUGAAAUUAAUGAGAUUCCAAUAGACGAGAAUGAUUCUAAUAAGCCGGAUCCAAUAUAUAUUAUGUAUUCGGUGAAUCCAGUUGAAGGAUUUAACUUACGAAGAGAUGUGUACUUAAGAAUGGCAAUAUUUGUUAAAAACUUAAGAAAAUUUAAAGGAUAUGAGCAUGCACAGCUUGUACUACCCAUAUUCCAUCACUUAUAUCACUGGAAGUCUCAAUUUCGCCAAAAUAACAUUUUUUGGAACAACUUCUUUGAUAUACCUAGUUUAAAGCUAUUCACCAACAUUCUUGAUAUGUGGGAGUUCUUUGACAUAAUGCAUGAAACCAACAAGAAAGAUAUAGAAAUAGGUGAGACAUACAAAUUACAGCAUUUUGAGAACAUGUUCGAGAACGGCGUAUUUGUUGAUAAAUUUGAGGAAGCAGUUUGCACUCGUCACGAUUAUGACAACUAUCAUUAUAUGGAAUAUUAUAAUAUAACAGAGAAGACAAUCACUUGUAUAAAUUUUCAAGGAAGCGUAAUGUUACUUAAAGACAUUCUCGAAGAGUACAAAGACAAAUAUCAUGUACCAGGAACUCCUAGAAUCAUUUUAUUUGCUCAUGCUGAGACAGCGCUGCACGAGUUUUUCGGUGGUGAUGAAUAUUGGAUGGCAAGAAGAUCUAUGAGAUUUAAUAAAGCACUUCAAGGCAUUGGAUAUGCCUUUAGAUCUGACUUUUUUGGUUCGACUGAUGAAAAUGAUCGUGUUCAAAGACCAGAGUUGUGGACAGACGAAAAGCCUUACAGACAAGCAAUAGGCGGUGAUUACCUUUGUGUUCAUAUGAGACGAGCAGACUUUGUGUAUGGACGUGAAGCACAACUUCCAACUCUUAGGAGUGUCGCAAAUCAAAUAAAACGAGCACUGGCUGAAUUAGGCUUGCAUAAAGUCUAUUUGUCAAGUGAUUGUUCAGGCUCAGAAUUUCACGACAUGAAAGCAUUCCUGCGCGGUGUGAAUCUUUAUAAAUUUAAGCCUCCAUGGGAAUAUCAUGUACAGUUAGGAGAUGGUGCUGUUGCCAUAGUCGAUCAAAUCAUUUGUUCUCAUGCCAGAAAAUUUAUUGGAACCUUUGAGUCGACAUUCACUUAUCGUAUUUAUGAGGAACGAGAAAUUCUUGGAUUUCCACAAGACAUGACCUUUAAUACUCUUUGCAAACGUGACGAUUUGUUGGAUUGUAAUAGGAACUCAAUAUGGCCUAUUAGGUACUAGAAAGAUUAAUUCUAAUCAUUAAUUUUAGUUUUUCUCAUCGACAACCAAAAACUUAAAUAAUUUUACUGUCAGAACUUGCCUAAUUUAAUUUAAUGUGAAAUGUAACUUCAAAUGUGCAAUAAAAUUAAAUAUGUAAACA